CUAUUCAACAGUGCAUGGCAAUCAGAGAAGAAAACCACUAAUGCAAAUUGCAGCAGGUGAAGGAGGUUUGUUGCUCACCAUGUUAGAGAAGCCAUCUGACCUGGAAAACAAGUUCAUACAGUUGGUGUUUUACUGCAAAAAGCACAAAAGCGGCAAAUUCAUGUGAGUCAGCCUGGAGCCAGCAGUCUGCCAGAAGUUAAGGACCGACUCUUUGACCUCCCUCCCCCCUCUCCGUCCUCCUGUCCGAACGUGCGGGCCGAUCUCCCCCCCUGGCUGAUCAGCAUGACAAAGCACUGGCCGGGACAGAGCCUCUUGGCACCACCCGCUCUGUCCCACCUGGGAGAACAUCACGACCAUCAACUUGACUUCCACAGAAAUGCGCAGCAGAGUUUUCCUAUCAGCGGUGUAGCGCGGAGCUCCCCAGCCCAACACUGGACUCAUCAUCCAGCUCCGAUGGUUCCCCAGCAGCCGCUGCGCUUCGAGAAGCCCGCAGCUCGUCCUGAAUAUCUCACCAGUGCCACGGCACUCAUGGAUAAAGCCACACCACCGGGAUCAUCGUACCCGAAUACCCAAGAUGCCCACUUUAAGCAGGAAUCUAUUACCCGGGACUCGUGGAACAGUGAUCGGGAGAAGAGCGGUUCCAGCGGUGGGAAGAAAAAGAACUAUCAGCGGUACCCGAAACCACCGUAUUCCUAUCUUGCAAUGAUUGCUAUGGUCAUUCAAAGGUCCCCAGAGAAGAAGCUCACUUUAUCUGAGAUCCUCAAGGAAAUCAGUACUCUCUUCCCAUUUUUUAAAGGAAACUACAAGGGCUGGCGGGAUUCUGUGCGACACAACCUCUCCUCUUAUGACUGCUUUGUUAAGGUGCUGAAAGACCCUGGGAAGCCCCAGGGCAAAGGCAACUUCUGGGCUGUGGAGCUGAGCCGUGUCCCCCUGGAGCUCCUCAAGAGGCAGAACACGGCUGUAUCGCGUCAGGAUGAGACAAUCUUUGCCCAGGAUCUGGCCCCCUACAUCCUGCAGGGACACAAGCCAGAAUCUGAGCUGCCCUCCGACCCUGUGACCUCUCUCCCUCCCAUGCGCUCCAGAAACCUCUCCCCACGCCAAGAGGACUUGUUCCUACCCAAGCUUGACUCAUCCUUCGCUAUCGACUCUUUGUUGCACAGCCUGCGGCCGACUAGUGCCUCUGGGGAUGUAGAUGUGGCUACCAGGGACUGCUGGGGCGAGGUAGAGCACCCUCGGCCGUCACCCCCUCCACGACCUCGCUACGCCUCCUCCGCCCGGAGUGCUUCUGCCAGCUCUGCUAGCCCAGCCUCCACCUCCUCCUCCUCCUCCUCUGAUGAAGAGUGGAAAGGGGUGUCACUGUCUGGGAAGCGUGUUCCUCCUGAUGGUGAAGCAGGGUCAGAUGGUUACGACGAUUACAAACCACCACUGCACAAAUCAGCUCGUCGGGAGACUGUUGCACCUCCGUGGGAGCUCCCUACCUCCUAUGCCAAAUACGCUCCCCCCAAUGCCGUUGCACCACCCAGCAUGCGGUUCAAUGGAGGGCCUCUAAUGCCGCUACAUGGUGGACUCCCCCUCUACGGCUAUGGCGGCUCUCCUAUGGCCCCGGGCCACUUUUUAAGUCACGCCUAUUGGCCCAUCCUUCCAAGCGGGCGAGUUUCUGUCCAAGCCCCCCCUCUCAUCAUGGACCUGGACAACAUGUUGCAGUCUGUGCCUCCAAAUAAAAGUGUGUUUGAUGUGCUGGUCCCAGCCAAUCAGAACUCCCACUCACAUCACCAACCACCUAGUCAGUACGCCUUGCAGAACGGGCCUCCCAUAAACAGGUAUCCUCAGUACUGACUGACUCUGAAUUACUGACUCCUUCACUCAAACUGAGUCAUACUGUCACUUUAAUAUGCACCGUCGUAAAACCACUAUGACACAAUUCAGGAGCUUAAAUCAAGCUACACAAAGAAAAGAAAACAUAUUUCUGCUGCAACUUCUCCCAAAUUAAGUCUAGUUAUUACCUCCAGCUCAAGAGAGGUUGACAAUAUGCAAAAGGGUGCUGAACUACAGACAGUGCUGUUGAUGGAUUCUUGUUUUUAGUACAAUUAAGAGUCGGUGAUUUAUUAUUUUAAGGUACACAUUCAAAAGUUUCUCAUCAAUCUGUGAAGUAUUAAUUGCUUUCACUGGAGAAAUGCUACCUCAAACAACUAUACAACCAAACUAAUAUCUACCUCAGUCUUUCAAUGAAAUGUGUGUGUAUUAUUACAGGCUCUUUGCACUGCCAGUCUUAUUUGCACAGUUGUUUUUUUUUUAUUGCCAUGAUUUUCUUUCCUCCGUGAAUUGCUUCUGCAUGUUGUCUACCUACUGUGACUGCUGAAUGUAUUGUGUGAAUUUUAUUAUUGGAUUUUAUGGUCAUGUGAAACACAAAUGAGCUGGAUUUUCAAAGGUGCAUGAAGUCAAACCCAAUUACAGAGUACAGACAAAUGUUUUUCCUGCCACCACUGAACACAGUAUAUGUAUGCAAUAUAAAUAUGUAUGCAAUAGAGGAUUGGUAGGUACAAAACUGACAGUAUUUCAAUGAAAACAGCCAUUAUUUUUUACUUUCUCAGGUAAAAUCCUGUGGUUAAAUAUACAGGACAGGUCAUUUACACUAUUGCUUGGACUAUCUGCACAUUAGCCUGAUCAAUAGGGCUGAUUAUGGUUGGCUUUUUCAUUUUGGAUUCUAUUUAUUGAUGUCUUCUGUGCUGAUAUUUGACUAGUUUUCACAUUACAAAAAAUAUUUUUAGUGAAGAAAAUUGACAUUUUAGAUUGUAGUCAAUCUUUGCAAUUGCAGCAUGUUCUCAUGACACUGGAGACAAUCUACCACGGCACAACCACCACUACCUAACUCAGGUUUUUUAAAAUGGACUAAAACAUGUUUGAUGUGGAGUUUGGACUGCGGGUUAUUUGCACUGUUUUGAUGUCGUUCUGAUCAUCUUCCAAAGGAAACAUCUCUUAUGAAUGUCUGCCUACCUUGACAGGUGAAUGUUUUGUUAGUUUUUUGCCAUUUUCCUGUGGUUUUGUUAAAGGUUUGUACAGUAUUGAGCUGAAAUUGAAACAGCUUGAAGUAUCAAAAGAAGUUUAUGGUGCUGAACAGGGUAUCUAAUAAAAUGCUGUUUAUUUUAA